GCUGCACCUGCAACCAAGGACCAAUGGGACCUCCUGGUCCACGUGGUCCUGAUGGAAAGAACGGAAGAGACGGUGCUAACGGUAGAGCAGGACGGCCUGGAAAGAAUGCACCUAAGGGAGCGGUGAUGGAACAAUUGCCUAAGCAGACUUGUACCAAGUGCCCUGAUGCCCAAAGCGGACCGCCUGGACCUCCUGGACAACGCGGUCCAAAGGGUCCUCCAGGUUUGCAGGGGCCACGAGGUCCAGCUGGCUCUAAGGGUCCAAAAGGAGAUGAUGGGCGAGUAAUAUCAGGUGAAGGUAGGGCUGGUCCACCGGGUCCUAUGGGACCACCAGGAAGAGACGGACCUCCUGGUCCCAGAGGUAGAAGUGGCAAGCCAGGUUCCAGAGGAGAACGUGGUCCACCGGGAGAGGCAGGGUUACCAGGUCCUUCUGGUAAACAAGGCAUUAAAGGACCACCAGGAAGACUCGGCCCAGGUGGCACAACUGGAGGAUGCGAACAUUGUCCGCCACCGAGAACAGCACCAGGAUACUAAAU